AUGGAAGGGGCCCUCGAUGCCCUUUUUAAGGUCGGACAUGCCGCUGCUUCUGGACAGGGACAUCCCUGGUCUGGCGGAACGCCCCAUCACCGGGUUCCUGCGUCCUGCUCCCCUCGUGUCCCACUGUCUGCUUCGUCAAUACCCCCUCAGAUGAGCGGGGACAUGCCUCUGCAGCUUGACAGGGACAUCCCCGCUCUGGCGGAACGCCCCAUCAUCGGGUUCCUGCCUCCUGCUCCACUCAUACCCCCGCCUCGAAACCCCCUACUUUCGCCCCCAACCCAUCUCCAACUCACUCCACCCCUCUCCACCCCUCAGAUGAGCGAGGACAUGCCGCUGCAGCUUGACAGGGACAUCCCCGGGCUGGCAGAGCGCCCCAUCACCGUCUUCCUGCCCCGCCUACUGCAGCAAUUCGCCUCGCCGCACGCCAGCUUGAGAAAGAUGGCGCUGGGGAGUGUGAACCAGUUCAUCUUGCACAUGCCCAGGGUAGGUGCUGGGAGGGGUGGGUGGGGUGGGUAUUGGGAGGGGUGGGAUAGUGCUAUUACAGGAUGGGAUCUGGGAUUCCUGCUGCGCCUGCUGCAGCAAUUCGCCUCGCCGCACGCCAGCCUGAGGAAAAUGGCGCUGGGAAGCGUGAACCAGUUCAUUCUGCACAUGCCCAGGACUCCUCCCUCCCCUCCUCACGCAUCCGCCACACCUUCAGGUGCUGCUGGUCAAUAUGGACAGCUAUCUGCAGGGCCUCUUUGCUCUCAGAUCCGACCCCUUCCCGGAAGCUCCUCAAAAACAAACUCCUCCUGCCGCCUAUUCCCCCUCCUCCACCCGCGGUCCACCUCCAAUUUCCCCACUGCCAGAUUGUUGCCCCUGGUGAGAGUCCUCGUCAGUGCUCGCUCCCCUCCUUUUCUCACCACCUCUGUCUGUCCUCUUCCCGUGCUGAAACUCGAGAUCUGCUGGCAAAAUCCGCCGCACAAGCGCAAUGUGAUAAGACCGCACAUGCGCAAUGUGAUAGAGUACAUGCUCGCAUCCACACGCGAUUCUGACCCCGAUGUGGCUCUGGAGGCGUGCGAGUUCUGGUCCGCCUACUGUGAGAACAACCAGUCGCCCGAGAUGCUACGGGAGUUCCUGCCCCAGCUUGUGACGGUUCUCCUGACAAACAUGGUGUAUGCAGAUGAUGACGACGCAGUCAUCGAUGCUGAGGAUGAAGGAGACGCACCCGAUUCUGAUCAGGAUCUCAAGCCGCGAUUUCAUCAGUCCAGGCUACACGGUGCCAAUGGCGAGGACGCGGAGGAGGACUACGAUGAGAGUGCGAGCACGUGGAAUCUGCGCAAGUGCAGUGCAGCAGGGUUGGACAUCCUCUCUCACGUCUUUGGGGACGCACUGCUGCCUAUCCUCAUGCCGCUCAUCCAGACGAAUCUUGCAGACCGAAGCGAGGGCAAGUGGAAGGAGCGGGAGGCGUCAGUGCUGGCCGUGGGCGCGGUAGCUGAAGGAUGCAUCGAUGGGCUGCUGCCCGCGCUGCCACAGAUGAUCGCGCACCUGCUGCCUCUCCUGGAAGACCCGCACCCGCUGGUUCGGAGCAUCACGUGCUGGACACUGUCUCGCUACUCCAAGUGGAUCGCCCGCGCCGUGGAUAAGCCCGAGGGGCAGCAGCAGUUCGAUGCCGUGCUGACUGGGUUCCUCGCGCGCAUUCUGGACAAUAACAAGCGGGUUCAGGAGGCUGCUUGUUCAGCUUUUGCCACACUGGAAGAGGAGGCAGUGGACGAGUUGCCGGAACGCCUGGAGCCCAUUCUGCAGCACCUCGCCUUCGCGUUCAGCAAGUACCAGCGGCGCAACCUGCGCAUUCUGUAUGACGCAGUGGGCACUUUGGCUGACUGUGUGGGGGGUACGCUGCAAGAUCCGCGUUACACCGCUGUUUUAAUGCCGCCUCUCACAGCCAAGUGGCAGCAGAUCUCCGACUUUGAUCGAGACAUCUUCCCGCUGCUCGAAUGCUUCACCUCGGUAGCUCAAGCCCUGGGCCCCGCCUUUGCUCCCUAUGCUGAGACGGUGCUGGCUCGCUGCUGCCAUAUCAUCAGAGUGCAGCUGGUAGCACAGAAGGAUCCAGCAGCAGCGGGGGCGCCAUACGACAAGGAGUUCUUAGUGUGCGCGCUAGAUCUCAGCUCAGGAGUCAUCGAGGCCCUUGGACCGUCUGUUGAGCCCCUGGUCGCCAAGAGCGGCUUGACGGACCUGCUGCUGCAGUGCUGUGCGGUGGACGCCAACGACGUCAAGCAGAGCUCUCUCGCCCUCUUGGGUGACCUCACCAAGUCAUGUGUGCAGCAGGUGCGGCUGCGCCUCAACGACUUCCUCUCCGUGUGUGUGGCCCAGCUGAAUGGCCCCGAGUCCUUUGUGCACGAGCGAAUUUCGGUCGCCAACAAUGCGUGCUGGGCUCUGGGAGAGCUUGCUGUGAAGGUGCGAAAGGAGAUAGCGCCAGCCGUGGUGCCGGUGCUGAACAACAUCGUUCCCGUCCUCACAUCAGCACAGAACCCACGGGGCACCAAUCUAGCCCUGGUGGAGAACUGUGCCAUCACGCUCGGCCGCUUUGCAUGGGUGUGCCCUGACGUGCUGGCACCCCAGGCCUCUCUCUUCCUCGUGCCCUUCCUCACCACACUUAAGGGAAUCCGUGACGACGUGGAGAAGGAGGAGGCAUUUAAAGGGCUGUGCGCUGUGUUGCGCCUCAACCCCAUGGCAGCAUCCACGGCCAUCCAUCCACUGCUGCUCGCCAUUGGCAGCUGGAGGGAGAUCCACAGUGCAGAGCUGAAGGCUGAGAUUCACCAGCUGCUACAGGGCUUCAAGCAGAUGCUAGUGGAGGCAGGCACGUGGGAUCAAAUCCUGCAAUCCACCGACAAACCGCUGCUGCAGAAGCUCAGUGCGACGUACGGGAUCUAG